UAUGCACAUAAGGAAACUCCAUUAAGUGAAUUUUUCAAUGUUGAGGUUGUGGCUCUCUCUAGUUAUGAAGAGAAGGAAGAACAAUUUAAAGAACAGGUGGCGAAUCUUAGACAACGGUUUUUCCAUUCUAUCGUACCUGGCGGGCUUGCUGGGGAUAGGCGUGGCGUGGUGCCUGCUUCAGGAUUUUCAUUCAGUGCACAACAGAUAUGGAAGGUCAUUAAGGAAAAUAAGGACCUUGACCUGCCUGCUCACAAGGUCAUGGUUGCCACUGUACGCUGUGAAGAGAUUGCAAAGAUGAAGUUCUCAUCUUUUGUUGAGAAUGAGGCAUGGAGUCAUUUAGAAGAGAUAGUACAAUCACAGCAUGUACCUGGGUUUGGGAAGAAGCUGACCUCCAUUCUUGAUGCUUGCUUAUCGGAGUAAGUAAAUUG